UCUCCGAAAAGAAAUGGAUUGUCAGUUUGACAGCCCAAACAGAUACACAAAGUGCAAUACGCACGAAAAAUUUGCAAUUACAAAGUGAGCUAGCAGUGAUCAAUUGCUCAAACAAUUUAAUUUUAGAAAGCAUCAACAGAAGAGCAAUUACGAUCGAUGGCCAGUUUCAUUCAGCACUUACAAAUAACAACUCCUUUCGCAGCAGUAGCUGCGAGCUGGUAGAACCAAUACCUAGCGCUAAAGCGAAACUCAAAACGAAGAAGAACAAGAAGCAGUGCACAAAAAUAAUGAUAGUCGAAGAAGGGCUAGCGCAACAGGGCCCAAACUGUGGUAAACAAGAAGAACGAGUAUAGGCUGGGUGUUUUGUGUGACUUCGUCACUGAAGUAGGAGGCUGCAUCGCUAGUGGCCGCGUCGUUCGAUACCGAUUUCGACGAUGAGUGUUGAGAAUCGGCAUAUAAAAGAGGAAACCAGCAAUGAACACCGUGCCGGUGAGGGUUGCAGUGGUGACGGCAGCGGAAGAGAGAUUGGAACCGGGGAAAGCGACCCGGGUGAGGAUGAAAGAGAUUGCCACCAGCAACGCGAUACGAGAACGAUCUACAGUCUCAACAUGAAUGUGUGCCGGUUAUGUCUAUCGGAGGGACACGGCCAACUGCAACCGGUAUUUUACGCUCAGGACUCGCCGGACGAGAUUUUACAGCAAAAGAUAUUUGAGCUAACAACGGUGGAGAUAACAUUCGCAUUCGACUUUCCGACCAGUGUGUGCAUCGAAUGUCUUGGCAAACUGGAUGAGUUUUCGCUCUUCCGAAGGCAGUGCAUUGACAACAAUGAAAUACUGAAGCUAAAAUAUUUCGAGCUGAAAGCGGAAGCCGAUGCAGAGGACUACUGUCAAAAGCAGGAAGCCAAGGACAACGAGGAUCUUCAUAUGUCGAAAGUGAAGAAAGAGGAAGAAUAUAUCCAAAUCGAAAGAGCGUCCGUAAUCGACGAACAACGCAACGGUACGAUGGUGGAUACGAUAGAUGAUCAUGUCCCGUACGUGGAGGAUAAUGCAGGAAAUGAGAUAAUCAUCGGUGACGGUGAGGAAGAAUACGAUCCGCCACCACAACCGGUAACCGGGACGAAAAUACAGUACGUAUCUGAAGACGGCACAAUGACGGAGUACAUCACGUCCGGUGCGAUAGUGCGCCGAGACAUCGUAAGCCCCUCAGAUCUAGAAGAGCCGGGUGGCGAAGGGCAAGAAAUUUACUACACCGUCGGUACGGACACGUACGCUAUCCCGACGGGUGCGGCUGAAGCUGCCAACUAUGUACCGCAAGGUUUCGCGGACCAGACCGAGAUCGAAUGCACUACGAUCGAGGAUCAUCUGCCGGAGGAGUACGUUGAAGAGGUACCGGCGUUGGUUCCCAUGGCGACCGUAAACACUCACAUCGUUAUGGCUGGUUCGCGCGGCCGGCACGAUCGUCCGUUUGUGUGCAAACAUUGCAAAACCAGCUUCAAGUACGAACACAACUACGACCGGCACAUGAAGAAUCACGCGAAAGUGCUGUACCGGUGCGGCAAGUGUUCGAAAACGUUCGUCAAGCUGCGCAAAUGCCAGCAACACUUUCGGAAGGCACACUCCUCGCAGCGCUACGAAUGUGACAUCUGUUAUCGGACGUAUAGUUUACCGACCCGGCUGGAGAAUCACGUUAUCGAGAUGCAUUCGGUGAACGGUGUUUACCGGUGCGAUCGGUGCCAGGGUGAAAUGUUCAGCUCGUACCUUGACUUUAAGGCGCACCGGAUGCGUUACCAUCCGCGUACGGAUGAUGUCAGUGCGAGUAGUGGUCCGCCCAGUGGUACGGAUCUUACGCCAACCAUAAUCAAGCAAACGUCAUUCGGUGACGUGGUUCACAUGGAGCACGUACUGUCGUCAAACAAUGCGUAUUCAUCUCCGGACAGUCCGACACCUAGUUCGGAAUCGGAGGAACAGCAGUCGACAAAGGAGCCGACCACGCGUGGAAAGCGGCUGUCCACUGGGGGUAGCGGUGCGCUAGCUCCAAGGACACGGACGCGAACCAAUGGCCAUAACAAUCGCACAGUAAAGACACAGAAACCGCAAACCACUGCAACGAGCCCUCUGCAACAAGCGCAACAAUCGCACGAGGUCAUCCUGAUCGAUGAUGACGAGCAGCAGCAGCAACAGCAGCAGCAUCAGGAGCAUCAACAUAACGAACAGGUAUCACAGCUCACGAAUGGAACCGGCACAACACCAACCGUGCACAGAGAGUUGCUGCAGCAGAUCGAGGAAAGUGAAGCAAACUCGGUCGGUCCUAAGAUGUACACCUGUGACAAUUGUCCGAAAACGUUCGUGCACCUGAACAAUCUGAAAGCGCACAUAUACGCCGAGCACGACAAUGACAAACCAUUCAAAUGCAAGCUCUGUCCGAUAUCCUUCAAAACGAAGGAGAUACUCGUGAUGCACAUGCUGCUCCAUGCGCAAAACAACGGUGCCACCUAAAGAAGAACGCGACAAAAAAACUCAUGCAUUGCAUGGAGUGAUUGGAGCACAUAAUCACCACUCCCCCACGCCAUUAUAAUCUGUUAUUAUGUGCCAAAAUUUGCUUUUGCCCGCUCCUGUUUGUGUCUCGUUCUAAGCCACAUACCAUAUUUGCGCAAACAAAAGAAACAAAACAAAACAAAAAAACAGCGUAGAUACUGCGCAUUCAUCCAUAUUGGAGUAGAAUGUAAAGCAAGAUUUCAGUUCCCGGUCGUGACAUAUAGUUUCCCAUUGUGGGGAUUUAUUUUUUUUUAUAAAUGUACGGUGCUUUUGUUACAUAGCAAUAGGAUAAUUUUUCGAUUUGCUCAUUCAAUGAGAUACAUCUAGCGCAAAGCUAGUUUUGUACCGUAGUGCUUCCUGUAAAACAUGUGGUGGCCGUGGCGUCAUUUCCACCAUCAGAUUAGAUUUAGUUUUAUACUUAUUAGAGGAAAAGCAACUUCCCUGCUCGUUUUAGGUUUACUAUCAUCACAGUGUGGCCUUCCAGAUGUAAUCGUUUUUUAAAGUUUUAACCUUCUUUUUUUCUUUAGUGGUAGUGUCCUGUUUUACUUUGACCAGCUGUGAGUGUCUGCGGUGUGCUCAUUGUUUUCUUUUCCUUACGGCAGGCACUACCGUUCGGUGGUGCUUGAACGAUUCGGUCGUUGUUACACAAACAAAAAAAAACAAUACAAACAAUCUCGCUUAGUGUGUAAGGUUCGCUUCCCGCUGUCGGGGAGUUAGUGUUUAGGAUUUGCAAUUCAUUUUUUGUUUGUUUGUCAUUACUGCUCAUAGGUAGGAAAAGGUAUAAAAUAAGGCGUAUCGCACAAGCUAGGUAGGAUUGAGCGUCACAUAUGGUAAGAGUAUAUUUUGUAGGAUUAUAUUUUUCGUUUUUAUUCGAUGUUUUCUUUUUUGUUGUUCUUCAAUUGAUUCGGGGUCAAAGCAAUACGACGAAACGGUAUGUAACAGUUUGGAACAGAUUGUGUUCCAGAUUGUAACUAGCGGAUCCUAGCAAAGCCAAUCAGGACUUACUCCUGUUGGCCGGAAGUCACACCAUUAAACAUUUCUAAGCGUCGGGACUAUUGGGCGUGAACAAAUUGUUUCAACGCGGCAUAACAGUUGCUCGGCUGGAAAGAGCAAUUUGCCGAGUGCGUGCUGUUUGCCCCGCGACUUAAGAUUGCAAUAACUUGUGCAACGAAUCCCGCUCUAGCAUGUAAUUUGGUACACUUGUUGAUUUUAUUUUUACACCACUGUCGUCGGCGUUAGGAUUUGGCGUUCAGCCGCGUUUAACGUCUUCUAUUACUGUAUUAUUCUUGUUACAGCGCGCAAAUGCUUUUGGUAAUAAGGUUACAGGAUGUGCUGCGCUAGAACUGCGUUGCAUUGGCGCAAGCAAAAGUACGUUGCUAGGAAAAGUAAACAUAGGGAACAAAUCGCCAUAAAGAUGUGCAAAUGCUCUACUGGUUUGUGCAGUUUUAUUUUUUUUUUAGGUUUAAAUCUUUACAUGAACGAUUCAUGUAGUUACAAAACCAAUAAAAUUGGAGUCGAAAUUAAAUGGUUCUGUGAAUAGCAAUCGUUGCGCAAACAAACAUUGAUCAGCAACAGAUUGAUCUACGUCUCCUAUUUAGUUUAAAUGGCAAAUCCGUUUCACGACGCGGAUGGAAAAGUGGAAGACGCGAACAGAUUUCACAUAAUUAAUGCAGUGCAGGGUGGAUGAAACUUAUGCGUAGGUUAUAGAUGUAUUAUGAAACUACAGCAAACAAAAAAGUGCAAAUCACCACACGCAUCCAAAGGGUGCAAAAGGGAAUAGUAAAGAGAUGAUACUGCUUUUAAGGAUCCCCCCCGCCCCGCCAAUAGAUAGAUUUCAAACAAAUCUUGCCUCGAACCGGAUACCAGAAACAGAAAGCUUACACAGCUCCUUCACACCCGGAUGUAUCGUUACAAUAAAUGGAUAGUGCAAAUCGUUGGGAAGAAAACUAAUUGUUUUACUCCAUCUCUUCGU